UACUUUUUAUUACCUCGAUCGAAAUUUCCGAAGUUUGUGGAAGUUGUCAUCGAGGAGAGGAGCCAGUGUGCUGUAAGUCCCGAGACAUGAGCUGUGCCGUCAGUCAGGGUCUUCGUAUAGAUCGGCGAUACGGCGAAUGUUUUUGUGACGAAUCGUGCCUGCAAUCCCUAGACUGCUGCGAAGACUACACACACGUAUGUAAACCAUCUGACUGCCAAGUAUCGGAUUGGUCCCAUUGGAGUGGAUGUAGUGUUCUGUGUGGCAUUGGUUACAGUGAACGCCAACGAUUCAGACAGAAACUAUCGGAGAAUGGUGGCGUCGAUUGUCCUCCCCUGAUACAACGUAGAGGGUGCUAUGCUGGAUACUGUGAAACUAACGAGCUUAUGUCAAAUGGUAUUGCAAUGAUUCUGCCAUCUCAGUUUGGAAAGGCUAGGCUAAAGAAUAAUAAAAUUGGACCAUAUAGACGAAAAGAACGACAUCCAAGUCACUGUGUAUACGUCACCAUUACAAGCGUGCACAGAAACUGUGUGAAUGUACGCAAACAACAAUGGACAGAAAUGAUUAGAAAAGAUAUGAUGGUAUGUGUUGAAUGUCAGACCCCAGCCAUGAUGGACACGAUGAGUCACUGUAAAGGUGAAGGCAGCCCAGGCUCCACAACGUUAUGGAGUGCUAUUGGUACUAUGGGUUGUCGUGGUAGCUGGCAACAAGAAUCAGUCAACCAAACAUGCACCUGUGAUACCGGAUAUGAUUUUAUAUUUGUAUAA